CGAAGGCGUAUCACGAUGCCAAUAGUAUGAUACGGGAUACUCAGUUGUCCUUUGUGCACUUCACAAUGCCUAACUUACCGCUAUGUCCUUUAUACGUACCGUAUGGAGAUCGCAUGAGGUCUGCCACGGCCCCGAUACCCCUAUCAGAAGCCCCAUAGCAGCUAAAUUUAUGUUGCAGGCCAGAAAGUACUCGUAGUUGGUCGCAAACCGCCAUUCCUAUGCGGCGAUAUCACCUCUGCCACCAUCAUCAUCAGUCACACCAAAAAAGUAGCGCCAAGCAGGAUUAGUCACCAAGAAAUUUAGCUCUAUGAUACAAGUAUUUUUUGUUUGUUUCCAUCUUUUUUCCCUAUCGCAACACUCGUCAUCAUCACCGCACCUCAAUCAAAAAAAAACCCCAAUCGAGCCUCAGAGCAGGCUCUGUUUCCCGUUAGCAUCACACCCCCAGCCCCAUCGCCUCCCCACCACCUCCCAUCCAAACCCCCCCCCAAUUCACCAGACUGUCCACUUCCCAUCUGGAAUCAUCUCGGUUUCCCACUCUCCAAUUCUGUAUUCACCACGCUCUCCCGCUCCACCUGCUGACAAUAAUGGACGAUAGUCAAACAAGCAAGACCCGCCCUCAUCGGUCGAUUCACCACAUCAUGCAACUUUCUGAGGAGUCCAAGGUACGAGGUUUUUUUUUUUCCCUCCUAUCCCCCCUAUCAUCCGCCCUAGUUCCCAUAUGCGGGAAAAGCAAAGUUAGCCAUCUGAUUCGAUUGUAAUAGGAACGAAUCUCCAAAGUCCUCGAAAUCUCUCGAGUGGCAUUGCAUUAGUUCGUCUUUUCCCUCCCCUUCACCGUACUGCUACGGCAGCAUUUUUGAGAGUCGGAUUGUUGCUUAUAUUCGAUUUUUUGCGCGAUAGUGGUUACCUGCCGUUUGUGCUCUACCUUGGUAUCACUACCCGUCCGCUGGCUUGAUGUGGAAUAAACGACGCCAAUCGAUUUCGUGACUGCCUAGGAACCGGGAUCGCUGACUCUGGACUUUGUGUUUGGGCAUAUAGGUUAUUCAUGCAGCACGCCGAAACCUUCUUUGAUCCGGUAAGCGUCUCUGUUUUCCGGCGGAUACCGUGAUGGUUGCGGAAACAACGGGUGCUGAUGCGCUGGGUCACUCAGCUUGAUAUCUCCUCUGGCGGCGUAACAGGGUGCGAUACUAGGAACGGAUGGUGGGAGCCAGCAAUCAUGAGGGUGGGCAUGUUGAGGGUAUUAAACUGACGCCGGGUUUUGCGCUGUACUACAGUAAUGAUUGAAUCUGCCAGUUAUUAUAGAAAUUCACCCCAACUUUUACCCCACUUUUCUUGGAUACAGUGGCCACUAUGACGAUAAAAGGGAUUCCCCUGUGUCCCACCGUAUUGUGAUUACUGGUAAGGUCCAUAUUACCCGUACGAGUACUGGUAGAUAGAUGGCAUUUUUCUAUUUUACUUUUUAUAUCAUUAUUUUUUGGUUCCGCUCGAAAAGCAAACCACCAGGGUCAGACACGGCAAGACAUAGUACUUGUACAGAGUGUACGAGUACGGGUAAAGUACACAAAGUACGGUACAGAAUCAACAUGACAUAUGUUGCAGCAUUACCGUAAUACCGCUAUACUGGAUACAUCUUGUACCAAGGGAGUUAACAAUACCAGUGCUUCUUUCACGAUGUGCGAGCACAGUAGCAUUGAUUAUUAGUAUUAUUAUCAUUAUUUUCCCCGUCCUGUUUUGUUCUCCUUUCCAUCUUAGUGCUCUCCCACUACCGAGGGGAUGUCCCUUACACAUCCCACGUGUGAGGCUCAAAACUAAAAAAAAACUAAAAAAAACAACAACAACAAUCAGCAAGCAAACAAUUC